AGUGUUCAAGUGAUUUUAGUCUCUGAAAGACCGGCCUAGUCGAGUCGCGAUUCCAUUUCGAAGGGAUAUCAUGACCACUUCGGACACGCGCAGCACGUUGAAGUUGACCAGAAUGUGCAAGUAUUGGGCCUCCAAUCGUUGCACGAUGGGUGACGCGUGCAAUUUCGCGCACAGCGAUCAAGAGCUUCGAGAGCAGCCGGAUCUCGUGGCCACGAAGUUGUGCUUCCAAUUCAUGUCGAAAGGUCGAUGCAACAAGGGAUCUCAGUGCACCUUUGCGCACGGGAAGAAGGAACUCCGUCAGCUGCCGGGCGAGAACGAGCGCAAGACGUCGCGGCUGGCGAAGUUUGAGCCCAUGAAGAUCAACACGCAGAUGGCGAGGGAGGCGAAUGCCGCGACCCUUGCCGCGUCCGCCUCGCCCUCCGUGCCGAUGGCGGCGUCGUCGCUGUCGGCGCCGCUGUCGCCGCUGAGUCCGGCUGGGCCGGGCUCAGCCUCGCAGAUGCGAGCUGUGCAGUCGAAGCUGGAACAGUUGGUUCUUAGCUCCAGCGGCAACAGCCUCGCGCUGCCCUUCCGUCCACCUCCAGGGCUCGCUCCGCCGCCCAGCCCAGCCAGCAUUUGCAGUCCCUGUAGCCCGUUGAGUCCCAAAUCAGCAGGAAGAACUAUGUCUCGCCGCAGCCCAUGGGCCAGUCCAGU